AUGAGGCCUUACGCUCUUUUCGUAUCUCUCUUCGUCUUCUUUGGCUUCGUCGCCGCUUGGUCUAAAGAAGACUAUGAGAUCUUUGGUCUUCAAAACGAUGUGGCUACAAACGAAGGUGCCAAUGUGACCUUCUACGAUUUCCUCGAAAUUCGUCCCAAUGCCAACCAAGACCAAAUCACCAAAGCCUACCGCAAAAAGUCCCGCACCAUCCACCCGGACAAGGUCAAGCGCGCGUUCAUCGCCAACUACGCCAAGGACAAGUCCAAGGCCAAAUCCCACAACGGCGUCAAUGUGAACAAGGGCCCAACCCAGCGUGAGAUCGACGCCGCUACCAAGGAUGCCCAUGCCCGCUCGACCCGGCUGAACCUCGUUGCCAAUGUCCUGCGUGGCCCGGGCCGCGAACGCUACGAUCACUUCCUCAAGAAUGGCUUCCCCUUGUGGAAGGGCACUGGGUACUACUACUCGCGUUUCCGACCUGGUCUGGGCUCCGUGCUGGCCGGUCUGUUCUUGGUUUUCGGUGGUGGUGCGCACUACGCGGCUUUGGUCCUGAGCUGGAAGCGUCAGCGCGAGUUCGUCGAUCGCUAUAUUCGUCAGGCGCGCAGGGCUGCUUGGGGUGAUGAGACGGGUGUUCGCGGCAUUCCCGGCAUUGAUUCUGCCGCUGAGGCCCCUGCCCCUGAGUCUGAGCCUGCUGGUGCGGUGGCGGUCAACCGUCGCCAGAAGCGCAUGAUGGAUAAGGAGAACAAGAAGGAUAAGAAGGGUCCCAAGGCUGCUCGUACUUCUGGUACUUCUACUCCUACUGAACAGCCUGUGAGCACCGAGCGUGCUAGCAUUGGUGAGCGCAAGCGCGUUGUUGCUGAGAACGGCAAGACGCUCAUCGUUGACUCCGUUGGCAAUGUCUUCUUGGAGGAGCAGAACGAAGAUGGCGAGCGCCAGGAGUUCUUGCUUGACCUUGAUCAGAUCCCUCGCCCUACUUUCCGUGAGACGAUGGUUUUCCAGCUUCCCAUCUGGGCCUUCAACCGGACUCUGGGCCGCGUGUUGGGGAAUUCCCCUGUCGAGGUUGAAGUGGACUCCGAUGAGGCCGAGGAGCCUGUCGAGGCAGCUGAGACUACUGCCACUUCUUCUUCUAACCCCCGCUCUCGCAAGCGUGGAAAGCGCUCCCAGCGAUCAUAA